CAACAGCAUUGAAAUGUGUCAGCUUCGCUGCACAGUGGGGUCUCGUCUGUCUUCAAGGGAGGACAAAAGAGUCCUGAUGCUUCCACAAAUGAGUCUGCUCUUUUAUAAAGGCUUUAUGCUGAAGCAUUUGAGACAAGGACCAUAGAAAACAUAUAAUAAUAACAAUAAUAAUAAUGUGACAGAAGAUGGGGGAUUGGAACCUACUAGGGAGUAUUUUAGAAGAAGUCCACAUUCAUUCCACCAUCGUGGGGAAGAUCUGGCUCACCAUCCUCUUCAUUUUCCGCAUGCUUGUGCUCGGCGUUGCAGCUGAGGACGUCUGGGAUGAUGAGCAGAGUGAGUUUGUUUGCAACACGGAGCAGCCUGGCUGCAAAAAUGUCUGCUAUGACCAGGCUUUCCCCAUCUCCCUCAUCCGCUACUGGGUGCUGCAGAUCAUCUUUGUAUCCUCUCCGUCUCUGGUCUACAUGGGGCAUGCGUUGUACCGUCUGAGGACCCUUGAAAAGGAGAGGCACAAGAAGAAAGCCUGUCUGAAAGCUGAGCUGGAGGGGACAGACCCCAUCCAGGAGGACCACAAGAGAAUUGAGCGAGAGCUCAGGAAACUAGAUGAACAGAAGAAAGUAAGGAAAGCUCCCCUUAGAGGCUCAUUGCUGCGCACAUAUGUUUUCCAUAUCUUAACCAGAUCUGUGGUGGAGGUAGGGUUCAUUAUAGGUCAGUGUGCUCUGUACGGUAUCGGACUGUCUCCUCUGUACAAAUGUGAGAGGUUGCCUUGCCCCAACAGUGUUGAUUGUUUUGUGUCACGGCCAACAGAGAAGAACGUGUUCAUGGUUUUCAUGCUGGUUAUUGCUGGGGUUUCUUUAUUCCUCAACCUCCUGGAGAUUUUCCAUCUGGGGGUGAAGAAGAUCAAACAGAGCUUGUAUGGAUACAAAUAUGGAGACGAUGAGAGCGUGUGCAGGUCAAAGAAGAACUCCAUGGUGCAGCAGGUGUGUGUGCUCACUAACUCCUCGCCAGAGAGGUUGAUGCAGCUCACACAGAUGACCCGCUCGGUCAUGUCGGAUGCUCAUAGGGAGACGGUGCCUUUGAAUUUGACCCUUGUGUCCCCUCAGAAUAAGGAGGGGUCCAACAGCUCCAACCAGCAGCCUGCACAACCGUACCUGCCGAGUCAAGCGGACAUCCAGGGUCUCCAGCUGCUGGGGGUGGUGGGGCGGCGCUACACUCUGGACAACAGGAAGCCGUCGGGCAGCAGUGAGGAGUCAAAUGAGGCUCAGGUAUCCGCAGGACCUCGGCCUACACUGAUGGCGGGCCACAUGGAGAUCCCAGCUGCCCUGAGGAACCCCCAGAGGAUGCAGAGCAGAGUGAGUGUUUGUAAGGAGCUGAGUGACAUGAGCGACUCUACAGAGAGCGACCACUACCCCACAGCCAGAAAGUGCAGUUUUAUGUCCCGAGAACUGUCGGAGGCCACUCAGUCUGACAGCACUGAUUCCCAGAGUGGACCAGACGUCGAGGCCCAGCACCUCAACCAGGGAGAGAGUCCUGCGGUAACCCCGCCGCCGCCAGCCAGCGGGAGGAGGAUGUCCAUGAGCAUGAUUCUGGAGCUGUCUUCAAUCAUGAAAAAGUAAAAAGGAGCGUUUUAGGACCAUUGGGAGGGCUCCUGUCACCCUGUCUCCAGCUGUAACUUGAUGUUCCACAGUGUGUUUAUUCAGUGUGUAUAGUGCAUGAACAAGAGCUUCAGUUCAAAUGUGUUGACAUGACAUUUCAGACAAAAGACACUUACUAAUUUGCUUCCUGUACUAUACAAAUGAUAUCUUCAGCAUUUGAUUACUUUAUAUUGAUAGUUUGCAAGCCACUUGCUAAAUCAAAUAUGAAUCAAAAUUAAAGAUGGCUUAAAGCAUAUAUGUGACUGCUCAUAUAAUGAGACCAAAAGCCUGUUGCAAACUGCAGAUUGUAAUUAAAGAUGGUGGAUUUGGCAACCACAAAAAAGAUGA